AUGGUGGAUCUGCAGAAGGAGUUGAAGCUGGAGGAGAACGACUUCACAGGCGCCGUGUUUGAGGGCAAGUUCUACAGCCCCGCAGACAUGGCCGCUCUUGAGACGCUGCCCAGCCGUGCUGAGGUGUACUCGAAGCUGCUGGGCGUCAUGCAGUCGCCCGCUAGAGACGUGGUUUCCACCCUCCAGGCGCCUGCUCGCGAUUUGAUCUUCACCCUCAAGGCCCAUGUGCAGAAGCUGGAGGAGGCCGAGGGCAGCCAAUGA